AGAGGGCCAAGUUAAUGUAACUGCAAAAGCCAGUGACAGGAAAUUCAGAAUGAAGAGAAGCCUCUGAAAAGUUUUAGACUUAGGAUGUUGCAUAUUGAUGUCACAAUCUUUUUGUUAUCAGGCAUGGUUGAAGUAGGACCUUGGUCUGAUGGUCACCCACUACCCAAUCCCCUAUUUUCCGUCGGGGCAGUGAGGAUUCGUACUACAAGUCAAUGUUGUCAUGUGCGAGGGAAAAACAAAUGUACAAUAAUAAGUUAUAUGAAACUGAGCUCCAAUGAGUUUAACAUCGGGGAUGCUCUGCAAGUUGUUAUGAAACAAGUUAUGACACUAAGCCAGGAGCGUCAGGUGGAGAUAAUUUGUGAUGUACCUGCUGAAGUGACAACCAUGCAAUUAUAUGGAGACAACUUGAGGCUUCAGCAAGUGCUUUCAGAUUUUCUGAGCAACACAAUCUUUUUCACACCUUCGUUUCAGGGAUUAUCUGUUACAUUUAAAGUUACUUCACGAAAACAAAGUAUAGGGACAAAGAUGCAACUUGUUCAUCUUGAAUUUAGGAUUUCUCACCCAGCACCCGGGAUUCCUGAAAGUUUGGUUCAAGAGAUGUUCCACCAUAGCCCCGGUACAUCAAGGGAAGGUCUUGGCCUGUACAUCAGCCAAAAGCUUGUGAAGAUCAUGAGCGGAACUGUACAGUAUCUUAGAGAGGCAGAAGGAUCAACCUUUAUUAUUCUCGUAGAAUUUCCACUAAUUGAUCAGAUUGACUGCUAUAAGAACUCUUAGUUUUACCGAAUUUGAUGAGGGGGUCGCAAAAAGUAAUCACAGACAGCCUUUUUCAAUGAACUAGCUUUGUUGAGUAACCUCACUUCCAACGCAAUGUGGUGAGUGGCUAAUGGCAUUGAGUCAAAUGGAUUGUGAAGGCUUUACUAGAGAUGCACUGCUUAAGUUGGUGAGGCAGGUGAGUGCCUAAUGGCACUGAGUCAAAUGGAGUGGAAGGCUUUACUGAAAGAGUAAAACGAACUGCAAGUUGGUGAGACAGCUAUCUUUCUCGAAUUCCUGAAACAUGUGAAAUUUGUAUGAUUGGUUUUGCAUCGAAGGCUUGUGGAAAUAAAGUAAACAUAGUUUCAAUGUGGACCUCACUACAGCUGUCAACGAGUUUCCUUUCCCUGCCGCAUUUUCUUUGUUGGGUGAAUAGCUAAUUCCUUAAGCUUUUACCUUACAGGAUUAGUUGCAUCGCCAAGAAGAUAUGAAAGUUAUCUCUGAUCAAAUGUUAGGUCGGAGUUCUGUUAUUAUGCUGUUUGGAAAGUUGAAUCAAGUCACAAUUCGGGCAUUAAUUUAUCUGAAUAUAUUUCACUGGAAAUAUAUGCUGAUGUUGUGGAUCUGCACUUAAAUGGAAAUCUGUGACACCCGGAGGAUCGCAUAAUGGAAUUCUAUACGAAGUUCUUCUGGAAUGUGUAGCGUUGUCACUUCAUCCCCAUCAAUCUACAUAGAAGAGAAAUUGUACCAAGCUUGUUAUUGUUGGCAUAUUAAUGAAUUUAAGAUAGGUUUUCUGUAAAGGUUUCCAGGUAGAAAUUGAAGGUUGACCGUGGUGUCAGAUCAUUUUCUACAAAUCCCAUCCAGUUCUCCAGUCAGUCAGUGAUUGAACAUAUUAUGUUGAAGUAGUAUGACUCCAUUAAUACAGUUGUGCUUGUGCACAUCUUCUCACUA